AUGGAAAAGAGUCGUCUACGGGUAAGGGAACAACGACAAAGUGCUGCUAAAGCUGAAUGUGCACGAGUAAACCCAGCAUUUCUGAAACUAACCACUGGAUGUUCCAGAGGAGAUGAACCUCUGACAAAUGGUACUCUAACAGCUGUUCACUCCGGCAGUUUCUUUGAUGCAUCCACAUGGGGUGGUCUCUUUAUUCCUGGUAGUGGCAGUACAAUCAUCAUUCCGUCGGGUAUCAUUGUUAGCCUCAAUGGCACAAAUCAAUUAUCUAUCAAUGUUAUCAUCAUUAUUAUAUUUGGUCGUCUAACAAUCGUCGGCAAUGGUGGAAACAGUGGUUUCAUUUUUGUCUAUGCAAUCAAUAUCUACGUAUACAAUGGUGGUAUACUACAAGAUGCAACAACAAACCGUAGUGGAAUAUAUAUAAAUGUCAAUUCAUCAAUCGUCCUCUAUAAUGGCGGACAAUUUCUCAGUCAUGGACCAAGUUAUUUGUACAUUUAUUAUAUACAAGUAUUAGUGAUUAGAGAUAGUUUACAACUGGGAGUUCAGAAUGGUCUGAUAGUGUAUGGACCAUAUGCAAUUGUCAUAACUUGGAACGGACAAGUCUAUGAUAAUGGUGAGUGA